UGAGAGGUGUAACAGUGAAUAACGACUUCCACGGCUUUACAGACAUGGAGCGACAAAGCAUCAAUUACAAGCUUGAUGUGGGACCUGAGGAGGAUGAGGAAAAUGCGAAUGGUAUAAAGACUCUGAUGGUGUUGCUGGCUGGAGAGGGAAGAAACGAGGGAGAGAGUGGACGGGGCCUGCCUGGGUCGGGAGUCUCAGCAGCGGAAGGAUACAGAGCAGGAGAAUUAAGUGCAGGUGGGCUUGCUGCGCCAGUAGCCGACCUCAUGGAUAACAACAACCAAGAGGACCUUGGUGCCACUGGCUGUGCCCAGGAGAAGGAGAAGCAGCCAGAGGAGCCAGUCCCUGAUUCCAUGGGGGAUUUGGAAAAUGUAAAGCCUAUGUCAGGGCCGUGGUCCACUGUUAAUCCUGUGAGAGUGUUGGUGCCUGAAUUCCUUCACGGUUGGCAACAGAGCUUCAAUGUGCUGCAACUACAAGAGCUGGAGAGCAUCUUCCAGUGCAAUCACUACAUCAGCACUACAGAGGCAAAGUGUCUGGCAAGAUCCAUGGGUGUGAGUAAAGCCACAGUGCAGGAAUGGUUUUUGAAGAGGAGAGAGAAAUACAGGAGUUAUAAGAGGCUGUAAAGGCUCAGAGGUCCUCUUCCUGCAUUCCGGAGCAUCUCUCUGUGAAGGCUGUGGAGAAGCCCCAGGCAGCCACCCAUGCUCAAGUCACUGUAGACAGAUGAUGUUGUGCCGCCAAAGUCCUGUUACAACACAGUUAUCUCCUUAAUACUUGUAUUUGCAAUAAAGAGCUGAAUUCUCAAU